AUGGCAGUCCCGACGAGAAUCUCCAAAUUGGUAUUUCUGCUCCUGCUAGUCCUAAGCGGCGUUUCAGUCCACGCAGAAAGCAGCAGUGGAAAUACCAAUGAGUCCUGCCUAACGAGAGACGAGACGGCGCAGAUCAUCGAAAAAUACACUCUGUACCUUACAAAAUACUCAGGUAAUCGGACGGUGCUGGAAGAGCUGGUUGAUGAGAAUGUCACCACGACUUCCGAUAGUCUGAGCUACGUCUUUCAGAAACCACUGAACACCACGCUCGCGCACAAUCUGCAAGAGAUGCUCGAACAGGAAGCCGCCGUCCCUGCCGUACCGAGCGUCAACACUAUCUUCACAUCGAACACUUGCGACACCAUCACAUGGUAUUGGGAGUUCACGACCAAGCCAUACCCUACACGAGGCAUCGUAAUUCUCUUUGUGAACCUGCAGUCACGGAAAAUAUACAAAACGUACCGAGAGGCGAAUAUUGGUGCAGUUCUCGCCAAUCAAGGAAGUCCGGAGUGUCAGAUACCUGAUUCGAACUGGAAGCUUGAAAUUGGCAAGGAGGGGUUGCAGAGGGAAGAGAGUAGCUGUGAGGAAGUAGUGCAUGGAUAUCGGGAUGACUACAAGCCUUGA